GUCCCGUCCGCUCGCCAGUCUGGCAACGCCACGAAAGUCGAGUUGGCAUUUGGGAGAUUUUGCUGUGUUCGGAUCGAAAAAAUUCCCUAGUUAAUUGUUUAAAAACCAAGACGACUGCUUUAGCAAUCAGCAAACAAGUAAAUGUAUUGUUUCGUCAACUGCCAGAGAACAGUACCAAGUGCGUGUAAAUAAACAAGCGAUUUGUAUCCAUUAUGUUGCACAACAAUGCGCCCUGGCUGCCACCGCAUCAGCAGCAGCAGCAGCAACAGGCCCCGCAGCAACAUCCUAAUCCCCAGCAGCAACAUGCAACGCCCCAACAGCAGCCACCUCAUCCUGCCCAGCAGCAGCAGCUCUAUGCCAGCCAAAUGUUCCAGCAACAGCAGCCAAAUUACUGGCCGGAGGAGCAGCACCAGCAGCAGCAGCAGCAGCCAUCGCUAAACUACAAUAAUUACUUUACGGGACAGCAGCAGCAACAUCCUUUGCAGCAGCAGCAACUGCCACCGCAGCAACAGCAACAUCAACAGCCUACGCAACAGCAACACACUAUCCAGCAGCAACUGUAUUAUCCCACUCACCAGCAGCCACAAGUCCCGGCUCCAGCGGAACCCGCUCUGGACUCGUUUGACAACAAUAAUAGCGGAGGAGGAGGAGGUGGAGGCGGUGGUGGUGGUGGCCGGAGCGAUGGCUGGGGUGAUUGGGGCGAUUGGAACGACAAUAGCAACAAUAAUAAUAGCGUCAGCAGCAUUAGCAACAGCAACGAGGCCUUGUUGGAGCCAUCGGGACAACUGCUAGAGGAUUCCUUUAAUGUGCAGUCUUCGCCAGGCAGCUGGCAAGCCUUUGCCACCAGUAACAAUGUCAAUAAUAAUGUGGAGCUGCCGCCUCCAACGGAUCAGCAAGCACCACAAUUGCAUCAGCAGCCAUUGCAUCAGCAAUCGACACCUUUGUUGCACCACCAGCAGCCGCAAUCGCCGCCAGAGCUUGGCCAGGAACCCGAACUGGAUGCCAUUGUACCUCCUCAGGCUUUCCAAAACCAACCAGCGGCUGUAGCACCACCACCCACAUCACUGGCUUCAUUUGCCCCACCACCGUCUGCUGUAGGAUCACCGCUAUUUGCUGUAGGAGCUCCUCCAGCACAUCUCGCAGCGGUGGGAGCUCCUCCAGCGCCUCUUGCCGGAGUGGGAGCACCACCCGCACCCUUGGUUCCAAUGGGAGCACCACCAACGGAGUCUGCUGGCAUUGCACCACCAGCUGCCCUGCCGCCUACUGCUGGCAAUCCCUUUAAACGCUCCACGGGUCUCAACAAACGUGUUAACAUAAUGGCCAAUCCGGCGGGAGGAGCUCCUUCGCCACCAGCACCUGCUGUAGUUGCUCCUGCGGCACCAAUAGCUCCAAUAGCCCCACCAGCGGAGCAGCUCUAUGGCUUGCCAGCUGAAGCUCAAGGAGAUGGUUUCAAUUUAUCGGCGGCACCACCUGUUGAGGCUUCAAUUGGAGCUCCACUAGGUGUACCUGCGUCCAUUCCUGCACCAACCGCGUCGUACUAUGCACCACCACCACUGCUGCAGCCUGUCCAGCCCGUGGAGCCAGACAACCAGGAGGUGUUGUCCGCUCCGAAUGACGAACGUGCUCAGUACUUGCAGACAAGUCACCUAUCCGAGCAGCUGGGCGAAGGUGAAGCGGAUCAGGAUGCUGGUUUGCUACCGCCGCCGGGCCUUUCCCGUCUGGUCUUGGGCCAACCAGAGUUGGACUCGCAGCAGCAACGCCUUGUCACCGGAGCCACGGAACAGCCACCGCUCAAUGUCGCCCAGGUGGCCGCACUGCAUAUGCAGGAGCGUCAGGCGGAUGGCGAGGACACCUCUGAUGGGGAGCAGCAAGUGCGUAAUAUACAGACGCCACCACGUCGCGUAGUUACUGGUGUAGAGACAAACGCCCCAUCCUUGAGAGAACAGCGGGAAGUGGUGCUAGAUGGCGAAAAUCUGGAGGAUCGCGAAGCUAUCCCACCACCAGCUCUGGCCGAACUUCCCCCGACAUCAGUACAUCACAACAUUCUGCCCGAUGAGCCGGAGCAGCUUCAAUACAACAAUCCGCCACAGGCACAGACCCCACUUAAUGCCCAACAACCUCAUCAGCAGCAACCACUGUUGCAGCAGCAACAACACCAGCCACAUCCAAGCCAGCAGGAGAAGAAGCGUGCGGCGGUGGGACGUCGGGCUAAUGCCUCGCUGGAUCUGGAGACCGAAGACGAGUCGGAUGAGUUCCUGCAAAGCGAAAGGGAGCGGGAUCGUGAGCGUGAGCGCAGGGAUCUGAUGGACGAGAGACAGGGUCGUGGACGCAGCCAUGGUCACUACACUUACGAUGGCGAAACGGAGGACUCCGUCCGCGGUACUGCCCACCACGAGACCAAAUCCCUGAGGGAAACGCAACACAGGCGCAAUCACGACUCCACGCGCUCUCGUCGCCCCCAGGAACCGAAGGUGGAGCGCGAGAGGGAACGGGACAGGGAGCGUGACCGAACCUGGCGCCGACGAUCCAACAAGUAUCACAGUGGCGGCGAGGAUCAGGAGCGUUCCUAUGAUCACUCGCGUCGCUUCAACAACAGCACCUAUGACGGCGAGUCGGAUAAUCCGGAGAUAAAUCAUCUGGGCGAGGGAGAGCUCGAUGGCAGCACCGGAGGAGCCGGCGGUAGCGGUGGCCGGAGCAGUAAAGCCGGUCGUCAGCGACGCAGCGCCGCCGAGGAGGACUUCGACGAUUACGAACGAGAACGCGAACGCGAUCGUCAGUACUCCAGACGCUCUACCAAAACGCAAUCAUCGGCUGACAAAUCGCGUUCCUCCGGCGGACGACGAAGCUACGAGAAUCACGGACGCAGUGGCGGUCGACCGGAGGAUGGUCGCAGACGUCAUCAGGAUUUGCGGAACUGGGACGGUGGCUAUGAGGAGUACCGUCGGAAGAGUUCGCGCAACAGCGAUCUCGAGAAGGAGCGCAUCAAUGGCGGAAACACCAGCGGUGGCGGAGGAGCCGGUGGUUCCGGCUCGGGCAAACGUCGCAACAACUACGAUCAGUAUGCCGUGUCUACCGGUGCCUAUGAUCCGUACAGUAUGUACGAGCAAAUGUCGCGGAAUCCACAUGCCUAUGCCGAUAUGUACGCCAAGUUCUAUGGCCAGAUGAUCAACUCGAUGACGGCCGCUGUGUCGGCGGCUGCUUCGAAGUCGGGAGUUCCUGGUGCCGCGGCGAUACCAGGCUUGGUGCCCGGCGCGGUUCCGGUGAGUGCCGCCCAGUUGGUGGCCGCCACAAGUGGAGCCAGUGUCAGCGGGAGCAGUGAAGCCGCCAUGCUCAGGGAGCGAGAAAGGUAUACACACGCAUACAUAACCCAAGCCAAUGAAUUCCAUCGCCACCAAUACAAAGAGCUGAUCUACCAGCAACAACAACAACAACAUCAACUUCAGAGGGAGGAUCUUAACUCCAGUUUUAACAUUACGGAGGAUAAUGCCAGUUUAUACGGAUCGCGUGGAGGAUCCAUCUAUAACCAAUACCAUCCAUAUCCGCUCUCCAGUGCCCGCUCGUUGAGCAAUCUGAACGGCGAUGGACGCAAUUCCCGAUCCGGACCGUAUUACGCUGGUUCCGAGUGCGGUCUCGAUAUCAGAGCUGCUGCUGAAGCGGCACCAUCGACUUAUGGUGGAGUGGCCACCGCUGGAACGGUGAGCACCACCGCGGUGGCUCGUCCGCCGCGCAGACGCACUCCCCUGCAGUUCAACCGGCCGCAUUUGGUGGCCUCGUAUGCGAUGAGUCUGUUGCUGAAGGUGAAACCCAAGUACGCUGGACGCGGACGUCUGCGCAACGACGUGGAGGUGGCACCACCACGCAUCCGAGACGGUACGAGCAGCCUGCUGCGUAUGUAUCCGGGUCCAUUGCAGGGCCGCAAGUUGCACAAGGACAAGAUCAUCAGUUUCUGCAAGGAACAGAUACGACUGGGACCCACAAAGGGUUGCACUGCGCUGUAUGCCACGCAGAAGAAGCCACAGGGCAGCGUGGUCAAAUACCGUGCCUCACAUGCCCUUAUGUGGAACCUGCUUAUACUGCUGCUGCGCCAGAAUGGGUACAUUGCCGACACUGAUGUGGGCGACCUGUUGCUGGAGAAUCAGCAGGAGUAUCCCUACGAUCUCAGCGAGUACGAAGCUGAGAACGAGCCAGAGGUGGAUGCUGAGCAGGAUGUUGCUGCUCCAGCGGAGAAGGCAGUGGAAUCAGAUUCAGAUAGCCAAUCGCCGGCAGCAGCUGCUACGCCAGAGGAAACACCUGCCGUGGGUGCAGCAGCUAGCUCGUCCAAUGAAGCGAAUGUGGGAGCUGCAGCGGCUGCAGCUGGAGGAGCUGGACAGACACCUCUGUCGGAACAGGCAGCCACGGACAAGUUCCGCAGCUAUGUGCUGCGCGGCAAUGUGGAGGAGGCCCUGCAGUGGGCCACCGACAAUGGCUUGUGGACGCAUGCCUUUUUCCUGGCCCUCUACGAGGAUCGCUAUGCCCUCACCGAUGUGGCCCAGAAGUUCCUUAAUCGCGCCAUCAAGGGCAAUGAUCCGCUGCAGACGCUCUACCAAAUGAAGAGCUGCCAAACGCCGGCGUGCGUCAGCCAGCUGAGAGAUGAGCAAUGGGGCGAUUGGCGGUCACAUCUAUCCAUUCUGGUGACCAACAAGAGUCGCCAGCCAGAGUACGAUCGCAGUUCAGUGGUUGCGCUGGGCGACACGCUUUUCCAACGGGGCGAUAUCUAUGCAGCACACUUUUGUUAUCUGGUGGCCCAGGAGGAGUUCGGGCGCUACGAUAGCUCUGCCACAGAGCUGACUACCUUGACAGCCAAUGUGCCCAGGCUUAUCCUGCUGGGCUCCUCGCAUUACAAGCACUUCAAUGAGUUCGCCAGCAACGAGGCCAUUAUCAUGACGGAGAUCUACGAGUACGCACGAUCGCUGUUCGAUCCCAAGUUCAGCAUUGCACACUUCCAGCACUACAAGUUCCUGCUGGCCACCAGGAUCCUCGAUUAUGGCCAGCACUUCCGCUGCACCAACUACUUAGAGCAAAUCGCCAAGCACAUUGAACUGAAGCCGGAGAGCUACGACGCCGAUUUCAUCCAGCGGGUCUGGGGUUUGGCCGAACGCCUACGCUACCAUGAUCCCAUCCUGAUCAAUCGUGUGUCCUUUGCGAGUCCUCCGAAUGCCACCAACAAGGAUAGCGCAGUUCCCGAGGAAAAGGCCUGGUUGCGCCAGCUGCGAUCCCUAACCGAUGUGCAGCAGCAGCAGCCAGAGCAAUUGCAACAGUUGCAGCAGGAAAAGCAAAUCCAGCAGGAGCAGAACGACAUCGACCAGCAGUUUGCCGAGGUGAAUAAGCAGUUCCGGGAGCUGAACAUGCAAUACGAUGGUGGCAAUCUGGAGAAUACGCUGCAACAGCAAGUGCCACCGCCAGUGGAACAGCAGCCAGUGCAGCAAGUUCUGCCGGAAGCGCACCAACAGCCGGCACAACAAUACUAUGAGCCACCAGCACCUCAAGCGCCGGCCGAGUCGGAUCCCUAUGGCCAGGGACAACAGCCCUACUACGAUCCCAAUUCGGGGCAGCUGCAAUACGACCCGAAUGCGGUGCAGCACCAAUACGAUCCGAAUGUGGCCCACCAUCAAUAUGAACAGCAACCGACUGGCAACUAUGGCCAAGUAGAACCUGCCGCUGAAGCCUAUCAACCAGGUCAAACUGCAGAUCCAUCUGCUGUUCCCCCAAGCUAUGGUUAUGACUACUGGUCGGGCACACAGCAGCCACCCUAUGGCGAUGAGCCAAAUGAGAAUCAAGCUGCCUUAAAGGAACAGGAGGACGAGGAGGAGGAGGAUGAGCAGCAGAUAUUGCAGCAGGCACAGCAGCAACAGUUGCAUCAGGCCAAGCUGCAACAGGAGCAACAUACUCGCAGCAAUGGCGCCGCCAACAGCAACAAUCGCUUCAAAUCGAAUGCCUUGAAGCAGGAAAAGAGCAGCAGUGCAUUGCGAAAAAGGCAAGAGGCGUCUAGAACAGCCACCAUAGCAGCGGCAGCAGCAGCAAUUGCCCAGAUAACUCCAGCAACACAUGCAGCAGCAGCAGCAGGAGCGACGACAGCAGCAACAUCAACGGCAAAGGCAUUCAAUUUGAAUGAUCUGCAGCAGCAGGCACGCCCGGCCAUUUCCAUGCCCAAGUCAAAGAGCUAUGGGGAUGAGGACGAUGGUGGAGCUGGUAAUGCGGGUGCGGCACAUCCUGGCCAGAAACCAUCGCUUGGAGGCUCCUCUGAGGCGGCCGGCAAACAGCAGACAUCGGGCAAACCGGCCAACUCCGGCGGCGAUCUUGGUGCACCUGGCAAUCAGAAUGCUGGCUGGUUUGGCGGCCUCUGGAACAAGCUGUCGCUGAAGCCGAAGAACCAAAUGAUUCUGCCGGACGACAAGAAUCCCACCAUCGUUUGGGACAAGGAGCGCAAAUGCUGGACAAACACCGAGGGCAAUGGCGAAGAGGUGGAGAGCUUUAAGCCGCCGCCCAAGAUGAGUGAUCUGGGCAUGGGAGGACCACCCGCAGCUCCAGGAGGCAUGGGCAUGGGCAUGGGUGCAGCGCUACCGCCAAUGGCCACCAAUCCUCUGAGCGGCCACCAAGCCGCACCGUUGAUGGAUCAACAGCCUCCGGUGCAGCCGCAAAUGUACGGCAGUGCCAUUGAUUACACGGCUGCUCCGGCUGCACCCGAGAUGAUACCCACGGUUCCAUCGCCGGCGCCACUGCCUGUCCCAUCACCUGCACCGGCAGCGGUUGCGGCAGCGGCGCCCAAUCCUGCGGCCACUCCUGGAGGACCCCAGCCCAAGCUGCAGUCGAACAUGUUCAAGAUGCAACGCAACCGCACGCUGAAGAACUCGUACGUGGAUGUGUUCAAUCCCUCGGGGGCGCCCAUGUCGGCGGCGCCGGAAAAUGUGCUGGCCCCCAUAAUGGCGCCGGCAGCGGUGCCCCAAGGCGGUUUCUUUGUGCCCGGAGCGGCGCCCACGCACCAGCAGUAGGGGAUCUGAGUGGGAGCUAGCUCAGGACCAGGAGCAGGAGCCUCGGGAUCAGGAGCAGCAACAGGUGUGCAUGGAUGAUGGAGGAGGAUGAGGAUGGGGAGGAUGUGCAGAGGGCUGCCACAAAUGCCAACGAGAUCACUUCGAAACUACGUAAAAAAAAAGAAAAACCUUUUCAACGAACGCUACCACACGCACACACACAGUCAUGCAUAAAAUAUACACACACGCAUCCACACGAGAAAAGGCAACUUUCCAGCAGGGGAAAAGUUUGUCCUUCGAUUUUAUCAAGCUCCUACAGUUUGUUAAACUUCUGUCGUCUGUCUGUCCUAUCUUUGUGUGUGUGUCUCUACUAAAUUAACUCACCCAAACUCUUAAUUAAACACCUAAUUUUACCAUUUUAUGCGCAUGCGAUUGUGUGUGUGUGAGUGUGCGAUCGGUGUCUUAACGUUUAGUGAAUGAUUAAUUGAGGAAACGAUGAAGAAAGCGAUUUAUGUACGACUAGCGAAUUAUAUAUGUAAAUUUUCUCUAUGUAAACUAUACGCCCCCCCGAUUCCCCGAAACCCCUCUAAAUCCACCUUCUCCCCCGAUUUCUGUUUAUAUACAUGUUUCUUUUGUAUGUUGCAUAGUUUUUAUGAUUAUUUUUUGUUUAGCUGUAUGAAAAUGUAUUCGAAGGAGGUCAGACAUUCGGAAUUCACCUUGAUUAUGCAUUGCUGUAUUUCCCACAUCUAAAUACUAUAUAUAUGUAUAACUGAUCUAUCUGUAUGUUUUCUAUGAACUACAAAAUUGAUAUUGCAUUGAUAAGCGAUUGAGAAGCAAAUGAUUUCCUUUCUCGAUGUAUUCUUCUCUCUCUCUGUGUCUCCUUAUACGAUUGGUGUGAAAUAUGCAAAUGAUUCCAAUUAUAUAUAUAUUUAUAAAUGUAUCUUUAGAACAAUUUAAAUGGUUUUUUCUGUUUUUUACUUUUUGUUUGAAUUUGAAAAUGCAUUUUUAAAAUGUUUAUUUGUUAGAACUUGUUUGUUUAUGCUUUAAUUUUUAAUUUUAAUAAUAUACAAAAAAAAAAUAACUGGUGCAGGCAAAAAAA